AUGGAGACCCCCGAAGACCCCUUGGCGAAGGACCCCCUGGAGGAAGGAGGCAAGAUGUUUAAGGGCAGCAAGUCCACCGAGAAGAAGGCGGGGAGGGAGGGAGGGAAGAGGAAGGUGGAUCCCCUCCCCAAGUUCCAGGGGUCCCGAUGGCUCGAGGGUGGUGGGCGCCAGAGUAGCAGCAGCGACGAUGACUACGACGACGACUGGGACCUCCCCACGUGGCAGCGGCUGGCCCCGUUCUCCGUGCUGCUUGAAUUUGAGCAGGAGAGUGACCUUUGGGAGAGUCUGUUUAUCGCUCGCGUCUUGCGAUGGCCCCUGAGGCGUUUGAGUCCGGACCAACGGCAGAGGUUCCGGCGCAAACUACGCGAGAUCCCGCUCGAGGAGGGCUUCGUCCGCAUCCCCGAAGAGGCUCUGCACAAGGCAGGAGCCUUUCGUCUCGGAGACCUGCUGCUCAGCUACUACGGCUUAAUUUACGCCGUCGAGUUGGCGACUGACGCGCUGAGGGCCGUUGACUGCGAGUACGAGGCGGACAGGCUCCUUUUUUCCGUCAGGAAAGGUUAUAAUAUGCGGAGCAAUGAAAGAAAGAGAAUAUUGUGGUCACUGGAAGGAGUCGCUAUCACUGGUGAUGAAAUGGUCUGCAAGGGAAGAAAAGAAUUACUUGAAAUUGUUGAAAGGGACCUAGAUUUCUUUUUAUGUGUAUUAUGCUAUGGCUUUAUUAUCACGUGGAAAGAAUACACGGACUUGCGGAAUGCAGAGGAAGAUUCCAAGGAGAAAUGUCAAAAACUGUUGAAUAUGAUCCAGGAAAGGGGGGAGGCAACUUGUUGCUGGUUCCUGGAAAAAGUAGAAAGGAAACAUCCAGGCUCCAUUCAGAUUCUGCUAGUUGCAGUACAUGGCUCGGGUAAAAAAUUGGUCCAGGCAACAGUCCCCGCAGUGCAGAAGUCAGAACCCCCCCUAUUUGCAGAGGACGGAAGAAGCAGCAAGAUGGAAAACCCAGCAAUUUGUGGGGAAAGUGUUGUGUGUAAUCUGUGUCCCUGUGAGGAUCUUCCAGAAACAAUCAGACCAGAGGUGUUUUUGGACUCAGAAACGAGUCGUGAAACAUACAGACUGUGCUUCACGGAGGCUGGGUCCUUCCUUUGCUUGUAUACUGAUGUCAUAUUUGAGGUGAGAGGAGCUGUGACCAUCACCUACCACUUUGAUUCAUGGUCUAAGCACCUGGCCGAACAGAACAUGGAGGACUGGGUUGUCGCUGGGCCUUUGAUCAACAUUGAAGCAGAUCCAGCAGAGGCUGUGGCAGCUGUUCACUUCCCUCACUUCUUGUGUCUUGCAGGUAAAGAUGGUUCCCAAGUCCACAUUGCACAUUUUGUGGAAGGGGGGAUAAGUCUAGAGAAGCCAGACAGAGUGGGGCCGUAUCGUGUUGUGUUGGAAAACCCAAAAUUCUCUCCGCGUGGAGCCAUUUUGAAAACAUCAUGGUCAUUGUUUAAGCGGAAGACACUGGUCCACACUGUGGCACUGCUCUAUCAAAUGGUUCAAUUCCAACCACCAACAUUCCAUCUGUACCUCCUACCCAAUGACUCUUCCGUGAGAAAGGCGGUUCAUGAGCAUGAAGUACAGUGUCCUUCACAGAGAAUAGAGAAGCCCCCCUGGACUCUGAGACCUCUGAGAAUUGGCUGUCGCUUCUUUGUGGAGACAAAUGAUGCCAAAGUUUGCCCAAAGGAAGUGAAAUUUCAAUAUCUGGAUGCCGACAAGCUGCAGCAGUAUGUGGAACUGUCUGCUUGGCAAAUGCAAGACACGUUCAACUUCAGCGUGAUGGAGAAGCGCAAGAAUGAACUCAUUUGGGAGGCACAUGUGGCACAAGGAGAGUUUAAGUCCCCUGAGAUAACUUGCUCUCUUCUACAUGCAGCACAAGAUGCUUGUUGCUGCACUCUGACCCAUACUGCUUCCAGCAGCACUGACUCAGGACAUGGUGUGGAAAGCAGGCGCCAGUGCAGUGUGAAGGUGAGGAUCAUCAGAGAACAUCUAGUGUCCGUCCUGGAGAAUCUGGAUGAGGAUGAACUCAAGAGGUUCAAGCUCAAUCUCAGUGAUUCCCCCAUCAGGGGUGGCUAUGAGAACAUCCCUCAAGGGAGGCUGAAGAAGGCGGAUGUCAUGGACCUGAGCAUGCUGCUGCUGGGUUUCUACAUGGAUGAUGCUGUGCAGGUGACGGCUGAUGUGCUCAGAGCCAUCAACUGCAGGCCUGAAGCAGAGAGGCUCAUCUCCCUCUCCGAGAAUGAGUAAGAAGGAAGGAAUUCCAGCUCACAGAACUCGCUAGGAUGGAAGGCAAAUGGAGAAGUAGUUCAUGCUGAAACCUGUGCCUUAGAACUUAAUAUGAGUCUGCUGGAUCAGGCCAGCAUCCUGUUCUCAUCACAGCCACCCAGAAGCCUGUGGGAAACCUGCAAGUGCAAGAACUCACUCCCUUUCUGUGACUUACAGCAACUGGUAUUCAGAAGCAUUUCUACAUCUGAAUGAGGAGGCAGAGCACAGCCAUCAUGGCAGGGAGCCACGUCUUCCAUGAAGUUGUCCAGUAACUUUUUUGAAACCACCCAAGUUGGUGACCAGCACUGUCUCCUGUGGAAGCAAGUUCCGUGGUCUAACUCUGCGCUGUGUGAAUGACUUUUAUCUGUCCUGUGUCUUCCAACAUUCAGCCUCACUGGAUGCUCACUAGUUAUAUGCCGCGCAGCAGUAAAUUAAUCAAGCAGAGUCUUCUUCAUAAAAAGAAUAAAACUGACCCCAAGGGUUGUGCUGCCCCCUGCCAUCCUCCUCCUUGGAAAACAAUGGAGAGCCCCUUCCCACCAUCUCUGAUCCUUCAGUCUCCAAAAAGAUCUGGAUGUCAAGCUGUUUUGUCUCAGCUCUCCCAGCAUCCUCUCCAACACUUCACUCAGGCCACAACUACAAACAUUUGCCAGUUUUAUAAUGUUUUUGUUUUGUUCUGCUGCUGGGAGAAGGAGAUGCACAUCUUGGGAGGAGGAGCAGGUUUCAAUCCCAGGAGAUGAAGCCAGAGAGAGACAGCCUGUCCUUCUCUGAGCUUCCUGGGUGGUGGAGACUUCAAGUUGGUUUGCCUUAGGGCUUCCUAACAUUUCUCCUUUCCAAUUUGUACAUCUACCAGAGACACCCUGGGGAAUCUACCAGUAAAUUGCGAUCUACCUCUUGGACAUCCCUGCCUGGUAGAUUUAUUUCAUUCCGCAAUCUGGUAGAUUGCGGGAUGAAAUAAAGUGAUCACAGAGUGUAACGUAGCCCCGCUCCCGCCUCCUGCACAUGCUCCAUUUCCACUCUGUUGUUGCAUCGUUAAUUCCAGUGUUUCCUUUACAAAUAAAGCUCAGCAACUUUGGCUCCCCACCCCCCAAAAAAGCUCCUUCCAAUGACAAUGGGUAGAUCACUGCCAGUUUGUUUAUACUGGCAGUAGAUCACUGUUUCUUGGGAGCUGGACGUCCCUGCCUUAGGGCUUCUUAACAUUUCUCCUUUUCAGUUUGUACAUUGUAAACAAAAGUACUUUGCAAUAAAGAUAUUU